AUCGAUAUUUCCCAUCAUGCCCCGAAACCAACAUGGCUGACCCCGGAAGUUAUAUUUUUUGAUGGUGACAAUUUUUUCGCAAGGUUGAUGAGUAAUAUACACCGGUUCUGAUGGCAGAAGGGAAGCAAGGCGAAGCCCAAGGGCUGUCCGAGGGUCUCGGGCUUGACGAGAUGGAGCAGUUGGACGACAGCGAGUUUGACCUCCCAGAGGUCGUUGCCCCGCCAUCGCUGGAGAGCAUCCUAAAUGAGCCCGAUGACGACAGUUUCAACUUGGACGAGCAAAACCUCGACAUCUUUCAAGAUGCGAGCGGCGAAACUUCCUCAUUGGUCAGCCUGGAGUCGCUGGCCUCGGACAAACCCCUUGCGCCCAAAAAGAAGGCUCACGUCCAGUACGCCAGCCACGGUUCUAUCCUACGCCAUGUCGUGUUAAAGGGCGUGUCGGCGCAAGUCAUGUCGGCUGCUGACAGGGUAGACGCGGGCAUGCCUACCGCCAUGGCGGUCUCACACCUGGUUGCUAUUGGAUCAUCUCAUGGUCUCAUCCUGGUGUUUGACCCAAAGCAGGUUCUGAAGUGGUGUCUUGGUAGUACAGCUGUUGGUGCUCAGUACGGGGCUGUAUCUGCCCUCAGUAUCAACCAUGACUGCACGAGACUUCUCAGUGGAUUUGCCAAGGGACAGAUAACAAUGUGGGACCUGACAACAGGGAAGCUCCUGAGAACAAUCACUGAUGCCCAUCCUCCUGGAACUGCUGUCUUACACAUCAAGUUCACAGAUGACCCUACGCUAGCUGUGUGUUGUGACAGCGGUGGAUCAGUCUUCGAGCUCAGCUUUAAGCGGUUGAUGGGCAUGCGGACGUGCGAGUCUCGUUGUCUGUUCUCCGGCGCUCGCGGCGAGGUGACGGCCAUCGAACCGCUCCUGGCGACAGAGAGCGUCCAGGACCAUCCAAUGAAGGAAGUCAGUCUGCUGGCAAUGGCUUCUCUGUCCAAGAUGUUGAUCGUGAGUCUGAAGCCCCACCUGAAGGUACUGUUCGCCCACCCCCUGAAGGGAGAGCCCACCACCCUCCCCGUGCUGGCCUGGCAGUUCGUCAUGAUACAGAUCACAGACACCACCCGCAUCGUAGACCCGGUCCUGGCGUUUGGCAGGGGAAACAAGCUCUUCUUCUUCCAGGUUUCCUACCAGGAGGAUGAGAUCAAGUUCUCAGCCCUACAGAAGAUGGAGCUACAGUAUGUCAUCAUUGCUGUCACUUGGGUGAACUCCAGAACCCUGGUACUGGUGGAUGCGUAUGAGAAGGUGCAUGUGUUGGAUGUGCGUACUGAGGAGGAGUUAGAAGUGAUUGACAUCUCAGACGUACAGUUGGUCUAUGCCAGCAGCUUCUUCAAGUCACUGGCUACAGGAGGAAACGUGAGCAAGGCUCUGGCCUUGGCUGGCGAGCGAGCAUGUUACAACUCAGUGGUCAGUUUCAGUAACCAGCUGCUGUUCCUGGGCACCAAGUCCAUCCACGUGAUGACCAUCCGGACCUGGAUGGAGCGGAUUGACCUGUUGGUCAAGCAGAACAAGUACAUCGAAGCACUGUCCAUGGCCGAGUCAUUCUAUCUGGGGAGGGCACGGGCAGUGGUGGGUCUACAUGGGGGAUUGGACAGGAGGACACAGAUUAUUGCAGACAAGAUGCUGGAUUUGUUGCUGACGUACGUCGACGUAUCCAUGACGACUCAGUGCCCUGCCAGUGGGAAGAUAGAGGUCCUGGUACAACACUACCAGACUGUGGUACCUGUGUGUGUGGACUACUGUCUGCUGCUGGGGAAAAGGAACCCCACCCUGAUGAAGGACAUACUGUUUGGUGGGAUCUAUGACCGGUUCUGUCAGGACCCGAUCGCCCGCGGAGUGUUCCUGGAGUGUCUGGAACCCUACAUUCUCAACGACAACCUGCGUUCAGUUACUCCUCAGGUUAUGAAGGACUUCAUGGAACACUACCAACACAAGGGACUCCUACAGAACAUAGAGGCCUGUAUUGUGCACAUGGAUGUGGCAAAUCUGGAUGUGCAUCAGGUUGUGGUUAUGUGCUGGCUCCAUGGCCUGUAUGAUGCCCUGAUCUACAUCUAUAACAAAGGCAUGCAGGACUACAUCACUCCACUAGAGGAGCUGCUCAGGGUUCUACAGAGCGCCAUCAAGUCCAACAAACAGCUCACAGACGACCAGACUUCUCUAGCUGCUAGACAAAAGGACAGACUUUUCAAACUUAAGCUUCCAAAGAGUAAGAAACAACUGAUUAAGCUGGGUAACAAGCUCCUGGUGUACAUCAGUUGUUGCCUCGCCGGACGAGCGUAUCCACUGGGAGACAUCCCACCCAAUCUGGUCGACACGGUCAAGUCAGAAGUCUUCAAAUGUGUAACAGUACUACACACUAAAGAUGGCACUGAAGGUGAGCAGACCUACCCCUACCUGAGAACGCUGGUCCAGUUUGACACCAGGGAGUUUCUGAACGUUCUGGCACUCGCAUUCGAGGAGCCAGAGUUCAACACUGAGGAAGGAAUGAGACAGAGGCAGAGAAUAGUAGACAUCUUACUACAGGUGAUGGUGGAGAGCGUAGGUUUCACUCCGACCCAGGUGGGCUGUCUCUUCACGUUCCUGGCACGACAGAUGGCGCGACACGAGAACUCCAUCCUGGUGAACAGACUUCUGUUUGAACAGGUGCUGGAGUUUCUGGCCAGUCCCGAGGACGACAGUCGGCAUGAGGAGAGACAACAAGCCCUACUGGAGCUGCUGAAUGCGGGAGGCUUACAGCAGGUGGAUGAGGAGAAGCUCCUAAGUCUGGCGGAGAACGCUCGGUUCUACCGCGUCUGCGAACUCCUGUACGAAAAGAGGAGGGACUUUGACAAGAUCUUAGCAUGCUAUCUUAGAGAUGCUGCCAGAAGGCAACAAGUGUUCUCCUUUAUCCACACUGUGAUGACUGCGUAUGGCUACAGUAAUGAGGAGAGGAAUGCUGUACACAGGGAGGCCAUGACACAACUGGAGGACCUGGUAUCCAUCAACAGUAAGAAGACUGCCCAGCUGGUCAUCACAGAUUUCGCCCACAGUCUGACAGAGAUAGUGUCCAAACUGGACCCCCAACCUGUGGUGCUGUAUGACUUCCUACAGGGACUCUUUGAUACCAAGGAGCAAGUGAUGAUGAAGGACCCAGUAUCCACAGAGCCGUCUGUGACAGAGAAGUACAUUGACCUGAUGUGUAGAUACAACCCACAGGGUGUCAUGGCAUUCCUGAAGAACAACGACACCUACCGACUGGAGGAAACACUGCAGAUCUGCAGAAAGCACAAGUCGCUGGAGGCUACAGCAUACCUACUGGAGAAGGCAGGAGACGUCCAGGGGGCAUUCAACAUCAUGUUAGAGACACUGGUCAGCAAGGUCAAGGUGCUGAACCAAGUCAUGCUGUCUGACAGCGCAAACACUCCUACACAGGAUUCCCAGACGCAGGUGGCCGUCAGCUCCGUACAGACCAACCUACUGGUCAUCAUUCAAAUCCUCCAGAGGAACUCUGGGAAGAUGCAGGAGGAGGAGCGGGAGGGCCUGUGGUUUCCGCUGAUGGAGGUCAUGUUGUCACCACAGAGGAAACACAGGGACAGUCUGUCACAGGAACAGAUACAAGCCUACAAGGACCUAACACGGCACGUCCUGAAUAGCAUGAUGGGAUACAUCGCCCUCCCGUCCAUCUUACAGAAGAUCAUGCAGGACCCGGCCUACAACACCGGCAAAUUUGGGGAGAUCCGAGAGCUACUGCUGGGGAUGUUAGAUACAUACAACUAUGAACAGACGUUACUGAAGACUACCAACAGCCUGUUGUCCCAUGACCUGCACUGGUCCCUCUGUAACCUGAAGGCUGCUGUAAACAAAGGUCUGGUGCCCAGACAGGAGGACUGUGGUGUGUGUGGGCAACACUUCUCCAUUACAGAGGAACAGGACUCAGUUAUAGUCUUUAGUUGUGGCCAUGCAUACCACACGUCGUGCCUUCAGUCUGUUGGUUGUUGUCACAUGAUCGAGGGGACGCCCCAUUGGUCCUGCUCGCUGUGUAACGUGGCUCGUCGGGAAGCGAAGACAGGACGAGGCAGAACGCUUUCGUGGUCAAGCGCAACUGCGGCCAGCAAACAGGUUGAGCCCCUCCCAUCAGGAGCUGUCAGUCAGCCUCGUUCCCAUGGCGACGCCCUCCUCUCCCCCCAACAGGAGCUCUCCUACUCCCAGCUACAGAAGUCCUUCAAAGGUCCCUCUCGAUUGGCCAUCCUGGCGGAACUGAAGAGGGCGGCAAAGUACGAAGACUCCGGCAAGCCACAAGACCAAAAGAAGAUCUUCAGUAGUAGUUCAAGCAUCUUACAGAAUGAAAACUUUCAACUUAAAGUUGCCGCCCCUCCUGUUAUAGAAUAGAACCUUUGCUAAUAAUGUGUAUAAUACCUCCCAAUACUAUUAGACGGUCAUCCUUGGAAAUCUCAAAAAAGGUGGCCAAUACCAAGACUCCGGCAAGUCAAAGAACAGAAAAAGAUCUUUAUUAAUUAGUUCUAGCAUAGACAAAAAACUUAUGCAACUUAAUGUUGUCUCUCCGCCAGUUAUAUAAUAGAACCUUCCCUUUUGUUUAUGAUAAGUGCUGAUAGGCCAUCCUUAACAAUCUCAAAAGGGUGGCCAAUUCCAAAGACUUUGGCAAGCUACAAGACCAAAAGAAGAUCUUCAGUAAAAGCUCCAGCUUCUUACAGAACAUAAAUUUUCAACUUACAGUUGCUGUUUCGUCAGUUAUAGAAUAGAGCCUUCACUUUUGUGUGUACAAUAAUUCUCAAUAGGCCAUCCUUACGGAGCUCAAAAAAGUAUCUAAUUACAAAGACUUUGGCAAGCUGCAAAGCCUGAUCUUUAGUAGCUCCAGCUUCAUACAGAACAAAAAUUUUCAACUUAAAGUUGCAGCCCGUUUUUGAUUUUGCCCUAAAUGUCUAUUCAUUAUAGAGGUAACAUUCUCAGUAUCCAGAUUUGAGACCGAAUAAUUUAAUUUAUGAUUGAAUGCUGUAAGAUAAAGUCAUUUCAGUAUCAAAAUUGAUGUAAAGUAACUAUGUAAUACGUGCAAAUACUGUUUGAUCUAGAAGUACAAUAUGAAAUUUCAUUGUAUUACUAACAUGCAAUAAUGUGUACCUGCAUAUAUUGUAGGAAAGAUUUGGCUCAGAUUAUACUUAGGGUCCGCAAAGGAUGUCAUCCAUAUAA